CUCGUCAUUUUUGAUUAUCUGAACAACCUAGAGGAUUUAAUAAACUGUUAUAAAGGUAAGUACCAAUCAUGCUUCUUGUGUCAAUUCAUCUACUUCCCUAGUAAGAAGUUUUAUGCUCAGAGUUAUAUUCUUUGAGUUAAAUUCAAUUCAAUGUUUUCUUUAAAAAAUAAAGAUACAUUUUCAAUUUGACGAGAGUCAAUUUUUUGUGACAGACUGAAUGUUGCUGAAUUGACCAGAGAUGGAUUCGCAUGAGUCAACUAUUAACUUUAUUACUAAUAGCUUCGGCCGUUGCGGUUACAAAAUAAUAAUUCAUUAUAAAAGUGAUUAUCAUCUUGUGAUUAUUGCCUGACUAAACCAUCUGACUGAUAGGGCGCAGUAUUUGAAUAUUCUUACAGAUGUUAAGUCUAGUGUUGUAUUCGCCCGAACCGAAAAUAAUAUUGUUGUAUUAUUUUUGUCUCGGAGAUUCGUAACAAAUAGAAGUAACUAGAACAGUACAAAAUUUUGUUCCAUUCUUAAUUCAUUCGUCUAACAUGAAACAAGUUUGGUUUUGAAAGUAUUAUUACUUAAUUUAGUAAAAUUUCAUUACAGUGUGUAUUAAAUGGAGCUAUUUAAUUGCCAAGCGGACUAAAAAAACUAAAUAUUUAACAUUUCCGUUUUUUGGAGAGGGUUAUCCACCUGGUGUUGUUCAUUAUCAAAAAAUAAGUACGAUUGAUUCAACCUGUCUGAGUAAAUUAUUUACCAAUUUAAUAGUUGUUGAAUUGUCUUCCAAAUUUCAUAACAAAGCCGAAGAUGCUAUUGAAUUUGUUAAAAACCAAAAAUCUUUGAAAGGAUUAAUCAAUCAUUUUGAUGAACCAAUUGAAAAAUAUUGUGAUCAACUCGAAAUGCUAUCUGUCAAUCAUUUCAAUCCAGACAAUUUACAAAAUGGUUCCUGCAUGAAACAAUUGAAUGUUUCGAAUUAUAGUCUAAAAGCUUUGGAAAGAGAUGCACAUUAUUUGCCAAACCUUGAAAAACUAACGAUUCAAAUUACAAUUCUAGACAAUCGCUACGAUGGUCCAGUAUUGGAAAAGCUCAAAAUACUUGAGAUUUAUCACUAUUCCGAUUGCUUCCCUGCAGAACAAUUGUUUUAUGGUUUCCAGUUGAUGGAUUUAUGUCCAAAUUUACAAAGUGCACAUGUUACCAUGCGUACUGAUGAUUGGUUUUUUGAUGAAACAUUGAAACACAAAUGUUUGCAAGAUUUAGGGCCGUAUUCACCAACCGAGAUCAAAACUAAGAUCAAUUUAAUCUUCAAAUCAACUGAUUUUGAGCUUAAAUAAAAUUUUUGUUUCACCAAUUCAACUCAUUCAAAGCUCAGAUCAUAUGAUCUCAAAUUAAAUGAAAUUGAGCUCAACCUUUUUGAUGCUAACUUUGCCAAUAUAAAAUUUAUAAAUUGUCCCUCAACAAGUGUUUGUUUACAUUUUUUCACAUUGUUUACAUUUCCAUCACCGACAAUUUCACCCAUUUCACCCUUAAUUAGUUGUUUUUUUGGUAUUUUUAUUUAAUUUUUUAUCUAAUUAUCUUUCAUCAACAUGUCAACAACACAAAUUAAUGGCGUAACCUUUUGUCUCAAUUUCAUCAACCGUGGUUACUGUUAUGGACUUGGGUGUAAAUUUCUACAUGUUAAUCGACAAAUUGAAAAUCACUACAGACGAACUGGUAGAUUACCGACAGAAUUAGCUAAUGAAUGGCGAAACACCCAAAUGAUACUGGCUAGGAGAGAUCCUGAUGUUUGCCAGGACCAGAAUCAAUCCAAAUGCUUCAGACUCAAUUGCAAAUUCGGCAAACAUCAUGUUUUCAGGAAUGACAUGGAUGCAGGCAAUGUCAUCGAAUUCACAUUUCGACCAAGUCCUCAAAUGAUUAAUUAUAUUGAAAAUGUUUACCAGGCACCCAAACCAUACUGGUAUUCAGAUGUGUUGUGCCAUAUUAGAACACCAUUUCCACUCCUCGCCGAGCAUAUCAUGAAAGUUCUGAAACCAUUCAGGAUUAAUAGGAAUCAAGUUUCUUUUUAUUACAAUGGAACGCAAAUUCAAGCCAAUGAUUCCAACAUUACUCCGUACUCGCUCGAUAUUGGAAAUGGUGUUGAUGUUAUCGUUGACGUCACUUUUGAGGAAGGUUCGCUAGCGGAAUUGGACUGUGCCAUUUGUUUAUCUUCAGCCUCCGAAAGAUGUUAUUGUUUUCCUUGCAACCAUAUCUUUUGUAUUAAUUGUUCCCUCAAUUGGUUUCUUGGGCUCAGCAACAGUAAUUUGAAACUCUGCCCAUUAUGUAGAUCUGAUGUAGAUCAAUUACAUUUUAGAGCAGAGGGUCAAAUUACUGUUGCUGAUCACAGUAACCUUGCCAACAUGGCAGACGAUGAAUUGUCUGAUUGGACAAUUCAACAUCUUGGCAGGCCUUUCACCAGAUCCCAAGAAGAACCACCAGCUAUUGUUAAUUAUCUUCCUGCUGGCUUUGGUGGUUAUUAGUUAAUAAAGUUUUUUUCAUUCAUUUA